GUCAAGGCAUUCCGCUAUUAUGGAAACAAGGAUAUCAGGCUGGAGAGCAUUCCACAAGAAGGUGCUCUAAAGGAGGGAGAGAUCCGUCUUGCCCCAGCGUGGUGCGGUAUUUGUGGCACUGACGUUCAUGAAUAUCUCCAUGGACCGGUGGUCCCACCAACCGAGCAAAAUCCCCAUCCUUUAACAGGUGACAAGAUGCCUAUUACCCUUGGCCAUGAAUUUUCUGGCACAGUUACAGAAAUUCAUCCAUCCGUUACCCGGUUGAAGGUUGGCAGUACAGUCGCUGUCGAAGGCCUGCUUACGGACGAAAAGUGUUAUGCUUGCUCUAUCAAGAAGCGUAAUAUUUGUGACCAGCCCGCGUUUCUGGGAUUGUCAGCCAACCCUGGCGGACUCUGUGAGAGUAUCGUGAUCCCCGAAUCCGUCUGCCAUGUCCUCCCACCUGGUGUGUUCCUCGAAGCUGGUGCCUUGAUUGAGCCACUCUCUGUUGCCUGGCAUGCGGUGACAAACUCGGGUAUCCGAGCGGGUCAGUCAGCGAUCGUCUUUGGUGCUGGUCCCAUUGGUCUUGCUGUGAUGAUCUGCCUGAAGGCGAAAGGCAUCACACAGACUCUGGCCUCGGAGCCAUCCCAGGCGCGACAUAAACAAGCGGCUAUGUUUGGUGCCACUCAUACCUUCGAUCCCACCCACCACGAUGUCGUUGCUCGUGCUAAGGAGGUUUGCCAAGGCGUCGGUCCUGACUUUGCCUUUGACGCCUCCGGAGUUCAAGCCACAAUUACCGAAGGCGUGAAGGCCAUUCGGAAAUAUGGCAUGUACUACAAUAUUGCCCUAUGGAGCAAGCCUGUGACUAUUGUCGACAUGCAUGAGCUUCUCUAUUACGGCAAAACCAUCAAAUCGGACCUCUCCUUCUCUCAGGGAGACUUCGAGUCUGUGCUGGACGCCAUUUACCGGGGUGCUAUUACGGGAAAGGACAUUGAGUAAAUGAUUACCUCUCGCAUUGAGCUGGAGGAUCUUGAAGAGAACGGUAUCCAUGAGCUCAUCAAGAACAAGGAAAGGCAUGUCAAGAUUCUCAUCCGAGUCGACAAGUCGCAGCCUCUUCCGUGAGUCUAUCCACGAUGGCCUCGUCAUACGAGACUCAAACAUAGGCAGACUCAAGACGACCUGGUCCCAGCGGGAAGAGGACUUCAUCGUCGGCAUUUUGACGUAGAAGAAUUGAAUAGUGCUACGCGA